AUGUCUUCUCGUUCAAUUACUCCUUUAAGUGAUGUUCCCUUGUCUCGUCGUGUUAUGAUUACUAAUUCUAAAGGCAAAAUUAUUUCUGUUGUUUCAGAGAACUUUCUCGGUGAUGGUACUUCUUCUCCUCUUUCUUCGGGUACUGAAUAUAUUCCUUCCUCUGAGCCUCCUGAAGAUGCUCAAUCUGAGGUUCCUUCUGAAGUUUCUACUAUAGAAGCUUCAUCAUACUCUGCUCAUGUUGCUCCUAGGGGUCGUAAGGAUAUCUUAUAUCCUUCAAGAUGUAAUCAUGAAGGAGUGGUUAUACAACUGGCAGACUUUAACAGUCAUACAAUAUCAUUUGUUCGCUUCAUUUUUAAGGAAAUGUUAUUGGCCAGAGAUCAAACUCGCCUUUUCUCUGUCCCAGUUGUGUUGGUCGCUUUGCUGAAACUGAUCGGCUCAGAGAAAUAA